AUGUUAUUUCAAAUAUUUUUAGCAUCUUGUUUAUUUUCUUUUUUGGAUCAUGCAUCAUCUUCUGCUUCUCCUUAUUUAUUGCCUACAAGUUAUUUGGACUCUAUGGCCGGGCAUAAAAACUAUACCGCAAUUUCUGACUUUCGACUAGUAAAUAGAAGAAAACUAGGAGCUUGUUUUAAGGCGGACCCGAACGUUCAAAUACGUGUAAGCCCAGAAUCUACGCUUUCAGAUGACCAAAUGAUCACGGUCACGGUUAGCGGGGUAUUAGUUCCUUCCAAGAAUGAUUGGGUUGGUAUGAUUUCACCUUCACAUGCCGAUGUUGAUGCUUGCCCUAUAAAUUUCAUUAUGUAUGAGCAGACGGGUGAUUUUAGUGAACUGCCACUCCUCUGCCAUUAUCCUGUCAAGGCACAACAUGUAAGUAACGAUCCAGGUUACGUAAGUUGUAAGAAGAAGGAAUGUAAGAAACAUGGCGAAAAGGGAAAGUGUGUGCUAACAACAUGCAGUGCGUCCAUCACCUUCCAUGUUAUUAACAUUAGAACUGAUAUCCAAUUUGUCUUCUUUGGUGGCGGAUUUUUGACACCUUGUGUCUUUGCAAGAUCUAAUGUUUUAAAGUUCGCAAAUCCGAAGCAGCCAUUGUAUGGACAUCUCUCUAGUGUGGAUUCAACAGGGACAUCGAUGAGAUUAACAUGGGUAAGCGGAGAUAAAAACCCUCAAGAAGUUCAGUAUGCUAAUGGGAAGUCAAAAACCUCUAGUGUUACUACAUUUUCCCAGGAAAAUAUGUGUACUUCUGCACUGCCAAGCCCAGCAAAGGAUUUUGGCUGGCAUGAUCCAGGAUAUAUACAUUCUGCCGUGAUGACAGGACUAAAGGCUUUGACAGGGUUUUCGUACAGAUAUGGAAGCAAUUCGUCUGGCUGGAGUGCUAGAAUUAUCUUCAAAACUCCACCAAGUGGUGGAUCAGAUGAACUCAAGUUUCUUGCAUUUGGUGACAUGGGUAAGGCCCCUCGUGACGCUUCUGUUGAACAUUAUAUACAGCCCGGUUCAAUAAGUGUCAUGCAAGCUGUGGCUGGGGAAAUCUCAUCAGGACAUGUAGAUUCCGUAUUCCACAUAGGUGAUAUAAGUUAUGCCACAGGUUUCAUGGUUGAGUGGGAUUUCUUCCUACACCUUAUUAGGCCUGUGGCUACACAGGUUUCUUACAUGACUGCUAUUGGAAAUCAUGAAAGGGACUAUGUGGAUUCGGGAUCGCAAUACAUCACACCAGACUCUGGAGGAGAGUGUGGAGUGGCUUAUGAGAGUUAUUUUCCAAUGCCUACACCAAUGAAAGAUAAGCCAUGGUACUCAAUUGAACAAGGAAGUGUGCAUUUCGUGAUUAUUUCAACCGAGCAUGAUUGGACACGAGGAUCAGAGCAGUUUCAGUGGAUGAGCAAGGACAUGGCUUCUGUGGAUCGGUCAAGAACUCCUUGGGUGAUAUUUGCAGGGCACAGGCCAAUGUAUUCUAGUUGCGGAAGUGUAGACCCAGAAUUUGUCCAAGCAGUUGAACCAUUACUGGUGACUAACAAGGUGGAUUUAGUUCUUGUUGGACAUGUCCAUAACUAUGAAAGAACGUGUGCAUUGUAUAGAAACCAAUGUAAGGCAAUGCCAAAGAAAGGUGUGGAUGGAGUCGACACAUAUGAUAACAGAAACUAUGCAGCACCGGUUCAUGCAGUUAUUGGGAUGGCUGGGUUCAAACUAGACGAUUUUCCUCCUCAGGGUGCUACUUGGAGCUUGUCGAGAAUAAGUAAAUUUGGAUAUGCGAGAGUUCAUACAACAAAGACGCAAUUAAAUUUUGAGUUUGUGAAUGCAAAUACAAAGAAGAUUGAAGAUAGUUUCCGCGUCACCAAAAGUUGAACAUAUUUAAGGAUACUCUUGUACGUGUAUCUCAUCAUGUAAAACGAACGAGUGGACAAAAUUUAACAAGAAUUAUAUAUAUAUGGGUCAUGAUCUUUUUUGUGUCAUUCAACAUGGGUCCUGAUCUUUUUUGUAACA